AUGGAGGACUUCCUUAGUGGCAUCAUGGAUGAGAAUGCAAUCCUUGAAGACCUAAUGAACGAGGAGUGUUACAUGUAUUCCCAUGAAGGAUUCGACAUUGAUGACAUGGACCUCGAUACAUCGGCAAGCUCAUCCGGCGCGGAUCCUAUGGAUCCUUUUGACUUUGUAUACUCAAACCUCCCAAAUAGCACACACAUGUUGAAGCCGGAACCGGACUGCGAACACUGCCACGCCAAGAAGUUUGAGCGUGAAAUGGAUGGUUUCUGUUGUCGAAAUGGAACUAUCAAGCUAGCUGAAUCAGAGCCUAUCCCGGAGCUGAUGAGGCUAUGGUCUAGCGCAGAUGCAGACUCUCGACAUUUUCGGGAAAGCAUACGAUUCUUCAACGGCCACUUCUCAUUCACAACUCUUGGUGUCAGCCUAGACAAUAGCUGCACCAACAUGAGGUCCGGAGUGUACACAUUUCGGGCGCAAGGCAAAUUAUACCACAACAUGCAUUCGUUCGGGCCGAACUCUCGCCCGGAACAUCUACAACUCUACUUCUACGACGAUGAUCCCAGCCUAAUCCAUCGCAAGGAAGCCACCAAAGACUUGGACCAAGAGGUUGUUCGGAAGGUUGUAGACAUACUAAGAGGAAACCCCUACUCUGAGCAGUUUAGGAGUUUGGGCGCCUACAAGGACAACCUCGAGAACUACCGUAUAGAACUCAAUACCGACAAGAAGCUAGACCAACGGAGAUAUAAUUUACCAUUGUCAUCCGAGGUGGCUGCGAUCUGGGUUGAGGGGAGCGACCUGGCAAAUAGAUUCAAGCGCAGCAUUAUCCUCUACGGUGACAACAAUGAGAGGCAUAGUAUACAGGCCACACAAGGAUGCUAUGACCCGCUCUCGCUGAGUUGGUUCAGGGAGCACCAGGCGGAGAUACGUGCGGAUCUAUAUAAAGGCAUUGUGGAUAGCAUCACGACCGGAGAGACUCGCGCAAGCGCUGUUGGCACAAGGAUUGUUCUCCCAUGGAAGUUCCAGGGGGGCUUCCGAGAUAUGAAGCGUAGACAUAUGGACGCCAUGGCGUUGGUGCAGACGUACGGCAAGCCUGACAUCUUCUUGACGAUGACUUGUAACCCUAACUGGCAGGAGAUACAAGAUGCACUACUUCCAGGACAAACCCCUCAGGACCGACCAGAUAUUGUGGUCCGAGUGUUUAGGGCCAAGCUGGAGAUGAUGAAAGAGAUGCUGACCAAGAAGCACAUUCUGGGCGUUGUGAAGGCCUACGUCUACGUGGUCGAGUUCCAGAAGAGGGGCCUCCCGCACGCCCAUUUCCUAUUGAUCAUGGACUCAAAAUAUAAGCUCAUUGUGCCAGAGCAGUACGACCGAGUCAUAUCCGCCGAGCUCCCGGACAAGAAUAAGUACCCGGACCUAUACGCCAUAGUCGUGAAGCAUAUGAUGCAUGGCCCAUGUGGUGUCCUCAAGCCAAACAACGUGUGCAUGCAAGAUGGGUCGUGCAAGUGUAGGUACCCGCGGGAAUUCAAUGAAACCACCGUACAAGGGAAGGACUCAUACCCCAUUUAUCGGAGACGGAAGGACGGUCGUUGUGCGAAGGUUCGAGGCCAGAUGCUAGACAACAGAUGGGUUGUGCCUUACAACCCCUACCUCUUGCGGAUGUUUGACUGCCACAUCAAUGUGGAGGUGUGCUCUAGCAUAAAGGCCGUCAAGUACCUAUAUAAGUACGUAUACAAGGGCCACGAUCAGACUUCGUUCAAUAUUGAGAAGCCCGACGGCGAUGGUAACAUAGACGAGAUCAAGAGAUUCGUUGACGCAAGGUGGGUGACUCCACCGGAGGCCAUGUGGAGGAUAUUUGGCUUCAAGCUAUGCGAGAACCACCCGUCGGUCCUACCACUUCCGCUUCAUCUCGAAAAUAUGCAAAUGGUCACGUUCAAAGCAGGAGACAACCUAAAGGACGUCGCCGCUCGAGAAACCCCAUCCAUGCUGACUGAGUAUUUCGUGGCCAACCAGAAGCACGCAUGGGCUCGGGAUAUUCUUUACAAAGAUUUUCCGAGAAGCUUCACAUGGCAAAAAACAAAAUACUGGAAGGAAAGGGACAAGGGUCAACAAGUAGGCCGGAUCGUGUCAGCCCAUCCUGCUGAGGGGGAACGGUACUUUCUGAGGGUGCUGCUAAACCAUGUACCAGGCUCAAGGUCCUUCGAAGAUCUCAAAACAGUGGACGGUGUGCUAUGUGAUAACUUUCGUGAGGCCGCCGAGAGGAGGGGUCUCAUCGAGGCCGACAACACGCUCGACGAGUGUCUUACCGAGUCAGAGCAGUUCGCCAUGCCAGCCUCACUCAAGAGGCUAUUCGCAACGAUCUUAGUAUUCUACGAGCCCGGAGAUGUGCGCGGUCUUUGGGAUAGGCACCUUGAGGCGAUGUCUGACGACUACCGACACAAACACACAUGCCCAAAAGUAGUGGAGCAGAAGGUGUUACUUGAUAUCAGGGGCAUGCUGCAGUCGAUGGGCAAAGACAUAAAGUCGUUCCCUCUCCCAGACAUCGACGAGACCUACAACAACACAGAUGGAGAGGCCAGGGAGGUCAUCGAGGAAAGAAAUAUCCAGGUAGACAAGGAAGACGCUUCUCUAGCAACCUCACUAAACCACGACCAGAGGCUUGCCUACGAUGAGAUACUAGCGGCAGUUGAUGGCGGAGAUGGGGGCGUAUUCUUCGUCGAUGGCCCAGGAGGCACGGGGAAGACCUACCUUUAUAGGGCACUGCUCGCUAGGGUUCGGAGCGAGAGAAAGAUAGCGUUGGCUACAGCAACAUCAGGAGUCGCCGCUUCGAUCAUGCCAGGAGGAAGGACAGCCCACUCGAGGUUCAAGAUCCCACUAAACCUUGAAGAGGAAAAUCAUGCAACUUCACUAAGCAGAGUGGGACAGCCAAGCUCCUGA